AGAUUAUUUACAUCUUUUCGGUAUUUAAAAUCAACAAUUUUUGGAUUUGUCAUGUAUUUCGAAGAAGCAGACAGUGUUUUUGAAUUUUUUCGGGGGAAUUUUUUAAUAUAUUCUCUGAUGUUUGUGCCUUUAAUUAUUGUUAUUUCUCCAAUAACACCAGUUCUUGCAGCUCAUGAGUUUACAGUUUACAGAAUGCAACAUUUUGAUCUUCAUGGAACUCCACAUGGAUGCCGUAGCUCUGUACUUAACAUGGAAGCAAAAACUUUGUACACUACUCCAUAUACUAGGCGAUGUGUUGUGGCAAGGCUAUCUGAACUUACUUUUGCUCAUUAUCAAGAUGUUAUUAAUCAAAAUGCUGGGGGUCUUCUUAUACUAAUACCAAGAAAUUUAAGCUCUUUACCUGCAACUGAGCAUAUGGUAAUCAUGGAGCUUGAAAAACACAUGCUUGAAGAUGAUGUAACCAUACCAAUUUACUUUACAUAUGAAACAGAAGAAAUACUGGAUAUGUAUUACAGCAUGGAACAGACGUCUCCACUUCAACAAAAAACAAGAUCAGCAGCAGAAGAAAUUCCUAGCUCAAUAACAUCCAGUGGUUAUCAGUUAGUGGUAUCUGGACCUCAACCAAAAGCCCAAGCUGACACUCAGAUUGUUAGCAUACAGGGAAAAUUGUGUGGAUUUGGUGUUGAAGAACAGCUGCCCACUGUUGCCAUUGUUGCACACUAUGAUGCUUAUGGCAUUGCACCUGGACUUUCAUAUGGCUCAGAUUCUAAUGGUAGUGGUGUAGCAGCAUUGCUUGAAUUGGCUCGAUUGUUGUCUCGUCUCUACACCAAUUCUCGAACUCAUCCAAGAUUCAAUCUUCUGUUCUUGCUCUCAGGAGGAGGGAAAUUUAACUAUCAGGGUACUAAAAAAUGGAUUGAAGACAACAUUGAUAGUUCAGAUGGUAGCUUAUUGCCUGAUGCACUUUAUACAUUAUGUCUGGAUUCUAUUGGUGAUGAAGAUAAUUUAUAUUUGCAUGUUUCUAAACCUCCAAAAGAAGGUAGCUCUGGUGAUAUAUUUUAUAAGGAAUUGCAAUGGGCUGCUGCUCAAUCAGACAUGGAUGUCAAUAUUUCUCUUAUUCACAAAAGGAUAAAUUUAGCUGAUGAACUUUUAUCUUGGGAACAUGAAAGAUUCAGUAUUAGACGGCUUCCUGCUUUUACCUUAUCUCACUUACAAUCACCUCGUUCAUUAAGAAAAACUACAAUCCUUGAUACAAGAAAAAAUGUGAAUGUUGAAAAAUUAGCAAGGAAUGUUAAAAUAAUUGCUGAAGCUUUGGCAAGACAUAUGUACAAUAUUAGUGGUGAAACUUUGAAUACUGGUAUAUUUUCGGAAGGUUUGUCUAUUCAGAAAGAAUACCUUCAAGCAUGGAUAGAUCAACUUUCAUCUCAACCUCGCAGUGCCCAAACGCUUGUAUCUGGAACUACAAAGCAUCCUUUAAUAUCCUCCUUAGAACAAGCAAUGAUGAGAUAUUUGAAAGAUGUCAAGUUUUCCAUCUUUAGGCCAGACAAAAGAGAGCCAGAGCUAAUGUUUUAUGAGCCUGUAUCCACAAUGAUGAAUGCAUAUAGGGUGAAGCCAGCUAUUUUUGAUUUGUUUCUGGCCAUGGUUAUUGGCAGCUACUUAGGAAUUGUAUAUCUUUUAAUAACUAAUUUUUAUCGGCUGGAAAGGUUGAUGAAAACAUAUUCCAUCUCUUCAAAAGCAAAGCAAAGCUAAUGUGCUAUUUUAUACAUUGACGUCUUUCACAGUGCAAAAUAUAUACUUAUCUUAGAACAAUUCAUAAAAAUUCAAGAAUGAUGUAAAAUAACAAAUACAUAGCUGCAAACAGUCCAGUGCGGCUAUGCAUUUUGAGUAAAAUCAUACUUUGAUUAAAUUUGCAAUGAAUAAAUAGCACUGAAUAUUUAUUACAGUGCAGGCCAAAGAUAUGUAUUUCUGCUAACUUCGGUGAUAAUUUUUUAUUUAACGAGAUAAUAAUAAUAAUAAUAUUAACUUAUUCAUCAACUUUUAGAGCUUAAGCAUUACUGUUUGCCUUUAAAAGCAUAUUUAUGAGGAGAAAGCUGUUAGAAAUCUGUUGUGUACUUUUUGGAAGUGCAGUUACUUCAACUUAAUCACUUACUUGGAAAGAAGUUACUUCAUAUUAAUCAUUUUUAUAUUUACGUACGUUGUUUCUCAUAAAAGCUUUAAAAACUAUUAAUUAAAAAAACUAUAUAUAUAUAUAUAUAUAUAUAAAUUAGAACUUAAUACUGCGUUUAAUCAUAUAAUUCUAUAUUAAAUACUUUAACUCGCUGAAAUUACUAUGUUUGCUUUUGCACAGAAGUACAUGGCCAAUAAUUCAAGGGAGUGUUCUGUAGAAUUUUCAGUUGUUGAUCUUACAUAAGGAAAUGUACAAUACCAGGAUUGUGUUUAACUGUGUUAUAGACUGUAAGAGUAAGCAAUGCAAAGUUAUUAAAUAUUUUCUGUUAGAUUAAUGAAAAAGGUAUUUUAUUAUCCAGACUGUUUUCUAUUUAAAAUAAAAUUGCACUAAAACUGUAUUGAGUCCCCCCCCCCCCCGCGCAAGUGUGCCCUAUUGUGUUUUGUUUAAAAUUAUUUUAUUUAAUAAUUCUAAACACUAUUCUUAAACUAGAUAUACAAAAAUCAUAGUAAUUACUUCAAAAUUAUAUCUCUCUUUUGCCUACUUUGAGAUGAAUAUUAAAAAUGAGGUAUACUGGUUUUUUCUUUCGGUUUCAACCAGUAUGUUGAACUAUAGUCAUCAAAGAGUGUUUUAUAUCUUUGUGAAAAUUUAAAAAAUAUUCAGCUUAGAGCUCAUUUCAUUAUAAGAAUGUUUUUAUUAUAAUUAGAGUUCUGUGCGAUUGUCUCCUCAAUCCCAUUAUCAUAUACAUUUUCAAUUGAAAUUGAAGUUUUGGCGGAAUGAGUCAUUUUAAUUUGUUUUCUUCAAAUACUUUAUCUUUCUCAUAUCUUAUCAUUUUAUUGAUGUAUAGACAGCUAAUUUAAUGUUUGUAAGUUAUAAAUUCAUUCAUUGUUUCAGACAUUUAAAAUCAAUUUCAUGUUGUAAGAUUUUAAAUAUUUUAACUCAUGUUAGCAUCAAAGUUUAGGACAGUUUUAAAGUAAUUUAUUCUAACUUGUUAAUGUAAUUAAAGUAUUUGAACUUUAAUUAAUUGUAGUCAUUUAAAUGAAAUAGUUUUGCAGGGAGGAGAACUUAUUUGUAGUAUUACUUUCUGUAUGUUAAACAUGAGAGACAUAAAAUUAUUACAUAAAAUUAGCUUAAAUGUAUGGCAUGGACCAACAAUUUUGGAGUUUGUAUUUUUAUUGCAAAAUGCUGGUAUUUUUAUAUGAAAUAGUUAUAUGUGUGUUAUUUCUUGCAGACAUUUAAAUAUGCUUGAAAGUUUUGUAUGUAAUCUAAAAUAUUAUUGAUUUUGUUUCACUUGUUAUUAUUGUGAUAAAACUAUUAUUUACUGUUGUGAAACUAUAAAAAAUUCCAUUACAAUUGUAGUGCUGAUCUGCAAAUAUGCUAGUAAAGAAUCUUUGUUUGCAUUAAAUUUAAUGUUAAUUCUAUAAAAACAAACUAUUCCGCCUAAUGCCUGGCAAAUAAGUUUUUGGGAGAAAAAACCCUUAUACUUUUAUAUUCAAGCAUAUAUGUACACCAUUGCCAAACAUUGUUUUCAUUCAAGUUAGGUACAAAAGUAGCAUUACCCCCCCCCCCCCUUACUUCCUGCGAACCCUUUUGGUACACUCAUGUUAACCAAAGAAUACUUGCCAGUUUAUGUAAUUAUAUUCCUUUGCCCUUUUUGUUUCAAUAUUCUUUUUUACAUUAAAUUUAAGUGAGAUAUUUUCUACGUCUUAGUAUUAUAAAAUUUA